AUGAAAAUUCUUUUUGUUGAGCCAACAUGGUGCCUUGAGGAGACAGAAAAAACCAGGUGAAAGUUCACUUCUUUUACAACAAGAACACAAUAUUCUGUUUGUAAACUUUAACAUCAAAUACACUAUUUUUGACGGGCACUCAGUGUUGUUGCUGAGCUCUUGCAUUUUAUAAUUAUAUAAGUAAGAAACAAAUUAUUUUGAUGUUCAGUACCUUCAUUAUUUGGAUUUGGCAACUUUUUUUCAUUUGCCAUCAAGGCAGUCAAAGUAGACAGACUGCAAAUUAUCUUAGUUGCUAAAAAUAUAUAUAUAUAUAUAUACGUGUCGCAACUGUUCAUCAGUAGGAUGCCUAAAAUGCAUGCAAUUCCACAAUUGGUUUCGGCUCCAUUAAAUCCUAUACCAAUUGCAGAACAUUUUAGGAGGAGCCACCCACGAUGUGAGCACAGUCACGGACAAUGUAUAAGUGAGGAAAAUAACGCAAAGUAAAAUUAAGACGUUAAUAAACGAACUAAAAUGUACCCGUCAAUUAAAUAAAUAAACAAAUAAUGCGCGCGCUCAAAAUAAAAUUUUACGCGCACACGUACCGAGAUACAAAUGAAAUACAACACUAUGCAAUAAAUGGUAUUCUUUGGUUGUUUAUUUUUGAAAUUUUUGUCUUUCAACGUUAGUUGUCAAUGCCAAACAUGGCUGGGAAAAAGAACAGACAAUUUCAAUAACAAACGACUGUUUGCAAAACAACACUUUGGAAAUAUGGGAAGAAAUAAUAUCACUGGUAGGUAUAACUACUUGAGUGAAGUGCUUACAUCAAAACUGGGAUGCUCUUAAAGCAUACAUAUAACAUAAGGCAAGUUUCGUGAGGAAAAGGGUUUCUAAAGGAUGAAAUUAAGAGUAAAAAUGUUUCGGAAGUGUGUUAGCAACUCCUGCCACGAAUCUAAUAAUAAAAAACCUCUGUUCCUUCCUGAAAGGAAAUUAAAUGAAUAUUUUUACUGAUAUCUUGUCCAAAACUGUCAAUCGCAUGAAUUUUCUGUGGACAUAAACAUGAACAAAAACAUAAAAAAUCUACGUCUACUGAGAUAGAUUUAUGAUAUAAAUGUAAAAGAGAAACGACAGUGAAAUCAUUAUAUUGACUCUUCCUUUCAUGUGCUUUACUUUCAGGGACCCCCAUGUUUGAAUAUUAUCCACCAUCAAUGCACUAUGUUUUACGAUCUGCUGAAAAAAUC